CUGAGACAGUCUGUGCGUUCUAAAGCCACGAUUCAGUGCUUGUAAAUAUAUAUAUAUAUUAAUACUUUUUUAAAAAAGGUUCAAAAUGAUACUAUUAUUUUACGUGAUAGUGGGCGUUAUAACGAUUGUAGCGAAUACAAAAAACUACAACAUAAACAUACCGGAAGAUAGACAUAUGGACAUAAGAGUGAGAAGGCAUAUCGACAACGAUCUUUAUGAAAAAGAAGACAUUUCAGAUGAAAACAUAAUUUUCGCCAAAAAUUUGUACGAACAUACACAGAUACUGUUAAACAAUGAAUUGGUCGAAGUACAUGAUGAUAUAAAGAUUCAAAAUACAAAAUUUGGAUCUAUAAAUGAAGAUAAUUAUAAAGAUUUUGACAAAAGAAUAAGCGUUACUAACGGAAGAAAGUUUAAUGAGAUUACUAAUGAUAUAAUAAACAAAAUUGCACACACGAAACACAAUAUUAAUUCUGAACAAGAAAAUAGUAUAAAACUUUAUGAUAAUGAAGAUAUAAAAACUAUACCAGCAAAAAAGUACAAGGAAAAUAAUCAUGAAACAUUGAAACGAAAACUUACGAGAUCAAAAAGACAAUAUUCAAACGUUUAUUACGAUACGAUAUUUAGGCAUGACGAUAUAAGAAGAUAUAAUAGUGAAACUACCACAGAUAGAAAGCUAUAUAACACAUACAGUCCUUAUAAAUCAAGACCAAAUGUGUAUUAUAAUAUAACAUAUGUUAACAGACAAAAUGAUUCCACUUAUAAUUAUAGAGUUGAAAGUAGCACAAACAGAAAUUAUAUACCAAAUUAUUUAGCGAAUAAUUAUAGAUAUAAUAACGAGAAUGGUAUAUAUAAUUACGAUUCAAAUCAAAUUAACAAUAAUACAUCUCAAUAUACAUCCAAUAACAUGAACGGACAAUAUAAUAAUAACAGAUUUGGAACGAAUAUUAAUAUGACAGGACUAAAUUAUAACACGUUUGGAAAAAAUGCGAAUUAUGGCCCAAAUAAUAGUAAUUUCAGCCAGAAUGCCAAUUUUUAUAGCCAUUUCGACUAUAACAGAUCGUAUAACGACUAUAUAUAUAACAAUAAUUCUAAUAACGAUGAAAUAUAUAAACCCAACGGCCAACAUAAUCGAAAUAACGAUAACAGAAUAUUUAACAACGAUUAUUUCAAUAAAGAUUUUCAAGCGAACCAUAGCCAAAUUAACGUUAAUUUAAAUCAUAAUAACGUUACGGGUAUUGGUAAUAAUAAUACAAGUAUAGAAAAUAAUGAUAAGAGCGACCCUAUAAUAUUACAAAGCUGUUUUCUUUGUAAAUCUAUAGGUUGUCCAAAAUUUUACAAGAGAAUCGGUUUCAGCUGUGUUAAAGAUGAUUACGAUUAUUGAAACGAAGAUUUAGUAUUAAGUAUAAUAAAAUUUGUAUUUUGGUGCCGUGUGGUUCCCGGCACCGAUUGAAUGAUUGAUUAUAUAUAUUAAUAUAAUUAAUAAUUAAUAUAUAAGAAUAUUUCUUUCUGAUUAAUACAUACAUACAUACUUAUAAUCACUUCUAUAUCCGUUGCGUGGUAGACAGAGCCAACAGUCUUGAAAAGCCUGAUGGGCCACGUUCAAAGAUGAUUCUGAUUAAUUAUAUUAGAAAAACUCAGGUUAUAAAGUCCCAACUAAGACUAAAAAUACGAAAAUAAGUUUGUUUGUUAUGUAUAAACGCGUUAACUACUGAACUGUUGUUCUUGAAAUUUUCCGCAUA